AUGGUCCUCAAUAAAAACACCAAAAAUAUAUAUAAAAUAAAAAAUCCAAUGUCAGAAAAAAGCAGUUUAGACUCCUUUGUAGUUUUACACACAAUAAGUAAAGGUGAGCACGCAGUUGUAAAAUUAAUAGAAGAUAGUUAUGGUAAAAAGUUCGCUGCCAAAAUUUUCAAAGCUAAAUCUCUAGCUUUGAGGGCUCUACACAUGUCACUGUGGGAAUCCGAGCUUAAAGCUUACCGAAAUAUCAACACCCUCUGAACUCUUCGAGUUCUAGCGUCAAGCAGCACAGGAAUCUACAAAAAAAAGUCCCAAAAAGGAGAAUAUUCCUGCUUUUAUAUGCUUUUUGAAUACUGCCCUUAUGGGUCACUUUGGGAUGUUGUAAAACUUUCACCAGACGAAAAAAUCCUCAGAUUUUACUUCAAACAAAUCAUUGAAGGGGUUGAAGGGCUGCAUUCUCAUGGUCUGACGCAUCUGAAUUUUAAACUAGAAAAUGUACUUAUAGACGAAAAUUUCGGGCUAAGAAUUUGUGGAUUUUCACAUAGCUCAUUUGAUACCCAAGAAGCCCCAACUUAUAAUGGAAGACUAGAUUAUUAUAAAAGCCCUGAAAUAGUCAAAAGGAAGCCUUAUAUGAAAAAUAAAGCAGAUUUAUUUGCCAUUGGGGUCAUGUUUUUUAUAUUGUUGCUUCAAAAACCUCCAUUUAUGCGGGCUGAUUUGAUAGACCCUUAUUUCAAGAUGAUGAAGGCGAAAAAUAAUGAAUAUUGGAUAAGAAUGAAGCCAAAAAAUUUGGCUGUGUCAAGCGAGUAUCAGAAAAUUAUUAAUUCAAUGCUGGGAGAGCUGGAAAAUGAAAGAUUAAGCAUUGAAGAAAUUAAGAAGCAUGCGUGAUAUAAUUUAGAAGAUCCAACUAGAGAAGAACUAAGGGAGUUUUUCCAGAAAGUUAGGGAAAAAGCAAAAAUAUUGUAA